AUGCCGGUUCGGCCGGCCGCGGCCAAGAGCAACACUGCCCUUCCGGCGUCGGCGUCAGUGCGGCGACAGGCCUCGACAGUGGCGGCUACGGCGGACAUGACCACAACUAACAGCGACGACAUCGGCCCCAUCCAGGAGUAUGACCGGCGCGUGGCGGCCGGAAGGCUGCGCAACGAUGAGCACCAGCGGGGAAUCAUACAGAGCCUUCAGGACAUGCACGAUGAGCUCCGUAACUACGAGGCGCCACUGGUCGUCCACCCGAGCAUCGACAGCCUCGCGGCCAAGCCGUCCCAAUCGCUACUGGGCUCCUGGUUCGGCGGCGGGAACAAGACCGCGAAGUCGGCCGUCGGCAAUAUCCCUGAGAACCUGCCGAUGGGCCUAUACCUUUAUGGAGACGUGGGCAGCGGCAAGACGAUGCUGAUGGACCUGUUCUACGACACGCUGCCGCACAAGGUACGCAGCAAGCUGCGCAUUCACUUCCACAAUUUCAUGCAGGACGUGCACAAGCGGCUACACAAGCUCAAGAUGCAGUACGGCAACCAUGUAGACGGGAUUCCGUUCAUCGCGGCCGACAUCGCCGAGCAGGGCAACGUGCUGUGUUUUGACGAGUUCCAGUGCACCGACGUGGCAGAUGCGAUGAUUCUGCGCAGACUCAUCGAAGCCCUCAUGGCCAAUGGUGUGGUGCUCAUCACGACGUCCAACCGCCACCCCGACGAGCUCUACAAGAACGGGGUGCAGCGCGAGUCCUUUAUUCCGGCCAUUGAGCUGCUGAAGCGGCGGCUGCACGUGAUCAACCUCGACUCGCCGACAGACUACCGCAAGAUCCCGCGACCGCCAUCGGGCGUCUACCACACGCCGCUCGACAGCCACGCGCAGUCGCACGCGGAGAAGUGGUUCCGCUUCCUCGGCGACCCGCGGCAGCCAGAGUCGCACGCCGAGGUGCAGACGGUUUGGGGCCGCGAGAUCCUUGUGCCAAGGGUCAGCGGCCGCUGUGCCUGGUUCACGUUCGACCAGCUGAUCGGCCAGCCGACGUCGGCAGCCGACUACCUCGAGCUGGUGCGCGCCUACGAUGCCUUUGUGGUCACCGAUGUGCCCGGGAUGACCCACCGCCAGCGUGACCUGGCCCGCCGGUUCAUCACGUUCAUCGACGCUGUCUAUGAGUCACACGGGAAGCUGGUGCUCACGACCGAGGUGCCGCUGAACCAGCUAUUCGUGUCCAAGGCCGAGAUCCGCGAGUCGCUCGCGAACAAGAAGGCCGGCAGCGGCAACAGCAGUAGCAGCAGCAGCCGCGCCGCACAGAGCGCCGCGGCCGCGGACAUGGCCGAGUUCGAGGUCAACGAGACGCUCGAGGAGCUCGUCGAGGGCAUGGAGGGCCACAACAUGAUGCAGCAGCUCAAGAGUUCGAACCUGUUUACCGGCGAGGAGGAGGCCUUUGCCUUUGGCCGCGCCCUCUCUCGCCUGACCCAGAUGGGCAGCAAGGAGUGGGUUGAGCGGGGUAUGGGACUCGAGGAAAAGGGCGGCAAACAGGAGCAUGACGGCUACAAGAAGAUGCGCAGCCGGCAAAUGGAGGAUAGCAUGUGA